CUGCAGCUGCAGAGGAGAAGGAACAUUGUCUGCGCCGGAGAUGAAGUAUCCAACAUGUGUUCACUUUAUUUGGGGUCUCCUGACUGUAGCUGUGGUUCCCGUGUCUGUAGGUGAAAUGUAUACAUCGCUGCUGAACGUGAAGCAGGCGAUCAGUGUUGAACGGAAGCUGAUCGAUUACUUGAAAACUUACAUUGACCACGAGUUACAGAGACUCGAGGACAUCAAGCGCUUUUAUGCCAGAGUGUCCAACCUUCACACUGAGUUUUACAAAGGCCCUGCGACUGCGAUGGCGAACCCUCUGGUGGCAUUCACCCUGAUCAAGCGGCUACAGUCAGAGUGGCUGAAUGUAGUCUACAGCAACGAGGCCCUGGAGAAUAUACAAGCCCUCAGGUCCAGUUACAAGGAAGAAGAGGCUGAUCUGCCCAAACUGGAGGACCUUCAGGGGGCCGCCAAGGGGCUGAUGAGGCUGCAGGAUGUGUACGCUCUCCAGGUCACGAGCCUCGUAAGGGGUCGUUUCCAGAGAGUCACUGAUGGCGAGCCUGUUGAUAUCUACCUGCCUGCAGUGUCUGUCCCACUGUCUGGUGAUGACUGCUUCAUGGUUGGAAAGGUGGCCUACGAGCAGGAAGACUAUUACCAUUCGGUGCAGUGGUUGGAGGAGUCGGUGCGUCUCUUCAGAGGAUCAGGGGGCGAGUGGAGCCCAGAGAAUCAAGGCACUUUAGAGGAUGCUCUGGACCACCUGGCCUUCUCUCACUUUAAAACAGGAAACAUCUCCUACGCUCUCAGUUUAUCUCAGGAGUUACUGCAUCAUGAUCCAAUGAAUGGAAGAGUUUUGCAGAAUGUUGACAAAUAUGAGAAGUUGCUGGUUACCAGUCCACCCAUAUCAGUGAGGGGCGCUGGGCUGAGGAGACCCACCUCCAAUCAUUUAACCACCAGAGACACUUACGAGAGGCUCUGCCAGACACAAGGCUCUCAGCAGCACAUGCAUUUUGAAAACCCAAGACUAUUCUGCGACUACUUCACCAACGGGAAUCCUGCGCUGCUCCUGCUGCCAGUCAGACGUGAAGUGCUGAGUCUGCAGCCGUAUGUGGUCCUUUACCACGACUUCAUCACCGACACAGAGGUUGAGGACAUCAAGAGGGUGGCCCAGCCAGGAUUGAAACGAUCUGUGGUGGCAGCUGGAGAGAAACAAGCAACAGCAGAGUAUCGCAUCAGCAAGAGUGCAUGGCUGAAGGGCUCAGCACACUCCACUGUUGAGAAGCUGGACCAGAAGAUCUCCAUACUAACAGGUCUGAAUGCGAAGCAUCCAUACGGCGAGUAUCUCCAAGUAGUGAAUUAUGGGAUUGGUGGCCAUUAUGAGCCUCACUUUGACCAUGCUACAUCGCCUUCAAGUCCUGUGUUCAGGCUGAAAACUGGGAACAGAGUGGCAACCUUCAUGAUUUAUCUCAGCUCUGUUGAGGCAGGUGGGUCUACAGCCUUCAUCUACGCCAACUUCAGCGUUCCUGUCGUGGAGAAAGCUGCCAUUUUCUGGUGGAAUCUCCACAGAAAUGGUCAAGGAAAUGUUGACACGCUGCACGCUGGCUGCCCCGUGCUUAUCGGGGACAAAUGGGUGGCAAACAAAUGGAUCCAUGAGCAUGGCCAGGAGUUUCAACAUCGCUGCAGCCUGAAUCCUGAGGAGUGAGAGGGGUGGAGCGAGAGCUGGGCCCCUUUUUGGAAUACAAGAGCCAGCCUCUACAAUUGACAUGCACGCUUGCAGGCGGAGAGAAGGAGGGAGCCAGAAAGUGAGCACACAGGCAGGGGAGGUGAGAGCCGUUUUAGGGCAGCCUGUGAUUGGAGCCCCGGGCCCCAGGGAGCCUGAAGCACUGCAGUGGACACGGACAGCACAAGGCAGAGAGGCGGGGUAGAGGAGGACUGGGUCAGUUGGCAAUCAGCCCCCAGAGGCCAAAUGCUCUCUGGCUCCUACUGGCCAGUUCCUGCAGAUGGAGAGAGGCCUCUGCAUUCACGCACUGCGCUGGUUUCAGUUAACUGUGUGAGGCUGUUUGCCUCCUGCUUGCUCAAAAACUGACAUGUUGCAGUCCUUUUUCUACACUGGGCCCACUCUAGGGUCUGUCAUUACAAAUCAACACAGAAGUACGUUGGCAUACUAUAAGAAGUUUACAAAGCUACCUAAUGUGCCUGAAUCACAAUAAAAAGUGAAUA